CUGUUCUUUAAAAAGCAAUCCGUAACCUUAAUUUGAUUGUUGAAACAACUUUUGCAUGACUUUUGAAUGGCCAUCUCAGUUCUGUGCAUGAAUUUCCAGUCAUUGUUUUUAUUUCGCCGUAGCUGUGAAAUCUUGACUCUUGUUUUAUUCCUGUGACCUUAUAAUGAUCUUCUAUUUGAGUCAGCAUGGAGAAUAAGGGCUAUUUAUUUAUUUAAAGGUCCAGUCUUCUUGCCUAAAAUUUUCAACAUAUUUUUUUAUUUAUAGAGAUUGUGGUCUUUUGCAAAAUGAGAAGGUAAGAGAUGUACACAGUGCAGUAACACAAUGUAGACUAAACAUUCUCCAAUCCCUUAUGUGAACCAUGCCAAAAACGUCCAUGCUGCACAGCGUGCUCAUGGAUAAAAGGACCAUGAAGUUGAUUUGGUUAAUUGACUUUUUUUUAUUUUAUGUUUUAUUUAGUUUCUUUCUUAAUUUUCCAGGAUGGAUUGACAUAAAAUACAAUACUCUCGAACAUACUCCAACAUUAAAAAGGAGUUUUGAUCAAACUUUAUCAAAGAUCCUGAAGUAAACAGUAGUUUUUUUAAUAGAAAAUCACUCACUUUUACACUAAAGAGCACGAGAAACACUCAAGAGUUCAGAAGCAGCAUAGAAGCAUCACUGAUAUCAGGUGUUCAUGAACAUCUCUUUGCCUGCUCCUGUCCUUCUCCAUAACACAACUUUUUGAAGCAGUCAACAAGCACUCAGUGUCCUUUUUUCUUCGUAUCUCUCUUCAACAGAUGAGAACUUUACUCUCAAACAUGAUAAAGCCUUCCUCUUGUCGAUGGCCAACCGUGGCAAAGACACAAAUGGGUCCCAGUUCUUUAUGUAAGUACUAUUUACUCUGGUAUAAAACACGGAGAGGGUGUAUGUGUAUAUAGAAACAACCAUUCAUCACCAGAUCUAUUGCUUACCAUUUAAUAUGACUUACUGGUCACUAUUAAAUGACACAUGCAGUACGUAUAAAUUAUGUAUUAUAGCAUCUGGGCUUUUAACUUUGACCCAAGUGUUGUGAAAAUCUCACAAUUUGUUGACACAUCAAUACAAUUCUUAAAGGCCACUAGUGAUUUUCAGUAGUAAAGCAUGAUGGUGAAGAUGGAACAUUUUAUGUGUUCUGUCUACUUUAUUGAUUUAGUCAAACAAUCAUCUUAACUUCCCCCUUUGCCGUUCACACUCUCUGUAAUCUCCUCAAUCUCUUUACCACAUAAAUAUUUAUUUUGGAGACUCUACAUAGUCUACAUGUUCAUGUGGGAUGCUGGUGCAUUUUCAUCUCCCUUUUCCCUUGUCAGUGUGCAUUUAGAAAUAUUUUAUAAUCAGAAAGCAGUCCUUUUUUGCCUACAAAUGUAUUACAAUUUUUCUCUUGCCGUUUUUGUGUAAAAUUUGCAGAAACUCUAGCAUCCUGCUCUUCCAAGGUAAAGUGUCUCUCCAAGGCUGUGCUUCUCUCUCCUGACUGUGUUUUUCUGGUUGCUUUUAGCUAGAACUGGCUUCUUAUUUAUUAUUAAAUAAUUUUCACCUCAUAAAAAAUCUGUUCUCCCAGCACAGAGAACCUUGAAGUCUUCUUUAUUGCUGUAUUUCAACUUUAGAAUCACAGGAUGUAUUUUCCUGCCACGGACACACUGAUUUUUAAUUGAAGUUGUCCCUAUAAUAUUUUUAAACCGGAUUAAUUGGUUUUGUCAGAAUAAUGUUGGAAGAUGUUGGACCUGUUCCUGUUCAUCAUUAGAAUGUAUUCAUCCAGCCAGUGUUAUUGUGCAAGCACUGCUGGUUUUAAAUUCCUCAGUGUUUGAAUUGAUGCAUACAUAUUCUUGUUGACAGACUGAAUGCUUUUUUUGACUAAAUUUAUUUCCUUUUAUCUCCCUCCCAUAUGUCCCUGUUGGAUGACCUGGACUCGUUUACCUGACAACAGAACUACUAAGACAGCGCCUCAUCUAGAUGGAGUGCAUGUGGUCUUCGGGCUAGUCAUCUCUGGCUUUGAGGUCAUAAAGAAUAUUGAAGGGCUGAAGACUGACUCAGCCAGCAGACCCUAUGCUGACGUCAGAGUGAUUGACUGCGGACAGCUGAUUACAAAGUCUGCUAACGAUGUUCUUCAAGGCAAAAGGAGGAAAGCAUUCCAUUCUGAGGAUGACUCUCAGAGUUCUUCUGAGUCUUCAUCUCAGUAUUCCUUCUCUGAUGGAGAGUCUGACAAAAAUUAUUCAUCUCGAAAGAGGAAAAGCAACUCGAAGAGUAAGCACUCAAAGAGAAAAAGAAGAGAGACAAAGAAGGACAGAGAGACAGUUAAAACAGCAGGACAUGAAAGUCAUGCUGAGGGAGAGAUGGCAGAGGAAGAUGAUGGUGAGGCUGAGCAGAAUGUGAAAAGGGAGAAGCUUGUGGUUCGACCAGAAGAGAUCCCACCUGUGCCAGAGAACCGCUUCCUGCUCCGCAGAGACAUGCCUACCCAGGAGGAGAUAGUAAAAACGGCCGUGCAAGACACAGUUGUGGCACCAAAUGACACAAAACCAACUGUCACAAAAUCUGGACGCAAGAUCAAAGGCCGUGGUACUAUGAGGUACCAUACACCCCCCCGGUCAAAGUCCCGAUCGGAGUCAGAUGGGGAACGGGGGAGCAGUGAGACUCCUCCACACUGGAAAGAGGAAAUGCAGAGGACUAAGGCUUACCAGCCCCCCAGUGUGGAGAGAUGGAGUAAAGGAGAAAGAUGGGAUGACAGAAGUGACACCCCAAGGUCUAGGUCAAGAUCAGAAGAACGUUCCUUAAGUGAGGCUUCUGUAUAUUCCAGCCACCAUCGAUCUAAAAAAGAAAAAAAGAAAACCAAACGCAAGAAGAAAACUAAGAAACGAAAGCACUCAAAGAAACAUAAAAAGAACAAGACCAAGGAGGCCUCCCAGUCUGAGGAAGAGAUGUCUGGGUCCUCAGGCAAGAGGUCGAAACACUCAAGCCGUGCAGAGAGGAGACAUUCUCGAUCACGCUCUCAUUCUUUCUCUCGCUCAUCGUCGCACCACUCCCACAGAUCGUAUAGAUCAGGAUCAGAAAGGAGACGUUACUUAUCAAGCUCUUCUAGAGAUUCACGAUCUUAUUCGAGGUCCAGGAGCAGAUCUUAUUCCAGAAGUCGUUCAAGGUCUGAUAAGCGGGUUCGAUCAUCCAUGAGGUCAAGUCAUAGUCGAUCAGGACGGUCUGUUACACAUUCUAGGUCACUGUCUCGUUCUCAAUCGAGAUACAGGACAAGGUCAAGAACCAGAUCAAACUCUAGGUAUAGUUCAGAAACCCCACCACGUUCCAGGAAAAGAAAUGAGUUGAGAUCCCCUCGAAAGUCAAAGCCUACAGAGGGCUGUAUUUCCAAAUUGGACAAGCCUGUUCCUAAAUCAGUUCAAGGUGAAGAAUCUAAAGCCCAAUCAGCAGCGUCUUCAGAGAGUGUCUCUGUGUUGCCUUUGAGUGAUAGUCCACCUCCUUCUCGAUGGAAACCAGGCCAAAAACCCUGGAAACCUUCUUAUGUCCGCAUUCAAGAAAUCAAAGUAAAAUCAGCCCCAGCUUCAAAUGCACUAAUCAGCCCAUCAUCAAAUGUACCUCAGGAGGCAAUGUCCUCUCUAAAGCCAGACAUGGCUGCUAGUCAAAGGAACCCCAGCAGCAGUGACAAUAAUGUUCCUGAUAGGCUUCUGCAAAGCAGUUUGUCCAGGAGCAGUUCACCCACUCAAUCACGAAGUAGCAGCAAAUCACAGAGUCAGUACGGCAGCAGAUCUUCCUCUUGCAGUGGGUCAGAGUCAUAUAAUUCAUACAAAGGAAGAACCACUGAAAAAAAGAGAAAACAUCGUAGAUCUCACAGAAAUAGCCAAAAGAGGGACAAGCAUGCAGAUCAUGGUAGUGGCCAUAAAGAUUCAUCUCCCUCCUCAGAGGACAUAUCAGACAAUCCAUACAGUGCUUUCCACGGACACAAUGAUUCCUUGGUACAGAGAAACACACUGAAAGGCACAAAUCCCAAUCAAAGGAAAGUACCAUUAAUGGACAACAAUAAUGCAUCUGGAUGGGAAAGUGAAGGAGAGAACUCAAGUAAGACUAAUACUGCUCUGGAACACAACCAACUCCCUAUUAGUGAUGAGGGACUUACUGAAAUGAAAAAGAGACAGAUUUUGUCUCGUUGCUGGGAGUCUGAGAGUGACUCUGAAAUGCCAGACAAAAAAGUAGUAAGUGAUGCCAAACAUGUGUCUGAAAAAGAGGAGGGAGAGGCUAGUUCAGAAUCAGAGUAUGAAUAUCCUUUAUGGACCUGUAACAAGUCAAACCAAGGAGCAGAAAUGUCUAAUGAAUUAAAAGGUAAUGAGGAGCUGUCUGCAGACACAAAGACUUCAAAGCACAAGAAUAAGAAAGCCAAGCGGAAGCACAAGCACAAGAGGAGGAACUCUUCCAAGUCAGGAUCUCACAGAUCCAAGGUCAAGAAAUCCAAGAAGCACCAGAAGCCGAAAGAGACAUUUCACUGGCAGCCUCCACUGGAGUUUGGUGAUGAAGGUGAGGAGGAUGAUUCAGUCACUCAAGCAAAACAAUUUCACAUAGCAAAUCCUGAUGCAGUCAAUGAUGGAGCAAAAAGGCGUAUAAAAGCUGGAAAGAUCAAGCACCAAGUCUCAGAAAAUAAGGAUGAGGAUCAAGGGAAUAUCGAAUCAUCACAAGAUAUGUUUUCAGUAGAGUCUUCUAAAGGUAUUGAUGAGAAUGGGAAGGUGACUGAAAGCCAGAAAUCAAAGCUAAAUAGCAAUACUGAAAGAAAUCCAGAUCAAAGCCAUCUAGAGAUCCAUACCAAUCUUUCAGACACUAACUUGGCAAGUAACAAACCAAGAGACCCAAAUAAAGUUGAUGUAUGUCCUCCACAGGCCAUCCCAGAAGCUAAGCAACCAGGUGCCAAAGCGAUUGGAUUUUCCCCUCUAAAAAGUAUUAAAAAUAAUGGUAGUGCACUUGUUCCAACUCAAAUAGAAAGAGGAAACUCUGUGACUAUUGGAUCUGUUUUACCUCAAGGCAGUCAGCCAGAGGAAUCUGUACCUGGUGACACUUCUCUCUCAGCAGUUGAAAAUAAAUGGAAACCUUUGACAGGCAUGACUGUUGGGCAGACCAUUACUACAAAACCUCUGGUUAAGAAAAUAAAUAAAAUGCAAGAUCAACUAGAGGGAAAGGCCCAGGGUCUCAAGAUUGAGAUCAAGAGCAAGAGUAGAGUCCGUCCAGGAUCCUUGUUUGACGAGGUUCGAAAGACAGCUCGUUUAAAUCAGAGACCCAGAAAUCAAGACAGUUCAAGUGAAGAAGACUCUAUUCCAGCAACAGGAGAAAGGGCUGGAUCCCACUCUCAAAAUAAGUCAAGGUCUGUGUCCAGUCAUAGGUCCCACCGCAGAAGUAGGUCUCAUUCAUAUAGCCACUCCAGGAGCAGGUCCAGAAGCUACACCUACUCUUCCAGGAGCUACAGUAGAAGUAGAAGCAGGAGUAGAUACAGCAGAGCACACUCUCGUUCUCGAAGUAGCACCUACCGAAGUUCCCGUAGCCUUUCAGACAGUAGAAGUCAUUCUAGAAGUCGCCACAGAGGUCACCACAGAUCAAGGUCUAACUCAUACGAUAGUUAUUCUAGCCGCAGCCGCAGUCGUAGCAGAAGAGGGCAUCGAAGAAGUGAGAGCUCUGACCGCAGGUCCAGGUCAUAUCGCUCUUACAGUCGCAGUUCCUCCAGGAGGCGAAGUCGUAGCCGAAGCAGUCGAUACAGUUGAGCUGAAUUGAUGCAGCAUUAAGCCUCCCUAUCCUCCUUCAAAUGGUUUUCUGAACGAAUGGCUCAGUUUAAGUUUGAAGUAUGUACUUUGAUGUACACUGUAUCAUCAUUUAAUGUGUAAUUCACAUACAUUCUGCUGUAUUUUUCCAAACGAGUCUAUGUAUGAAUGUACAUUUGAAACAAAAUUAGUCUCUUGCUUUACUCUGGUACACUUUUUUUUGUAUUCAUUAGAAAUGGAGCAUAGAAACCCUCCAACUGUAAAGCCUAGGUUAUAUAUCAACAGCUACUUACCUCAGUCUUUUGAACAUGAAAUUCUGUGAAAUGUAAAUGUCAUGUUUUGACAUGGCAAGCAGUUAUAUUAAACAAAUCAAUGGGAGACAUGGAUGGAAAAUGUUUAGUUUUGGCCAAAUGAAUGUUUUUUUUUGGUUGCCCUCAGUGCAUUUUUUAAUUUGUACACAAAAACAAAUGUCUUGCUGAAUGUAUCUACUGCUGCUUAUUGAUACACCAUUUAAAUAUAACUGUUAAUAAAAACUACAUU